AUGUAUAAUAGUCAUACGGACAUCUGGAUUGCCGGUGCAUUUGCAGCGGUUGUGGUCGAUUUCAUCGUCUACCCUUUUGACACCCUGAAAACACGCGUCCAGUCUCCAAAUUAUGAGCGUGUCUUCAAAGAUCCACGGACAGGUGCCGUGAAGCGCAAUAUAUUAUUCCGAGGUUUAUACCAAGGCGUUUGGAGUGUUGUUUUUUCAACUAUUCCAUCUUCAGGAGCCUUUUUUACAACAUACGAAGCUGUUAAAUAUGCCUCCUACAACUCCUCCAGAAACCCCCAAGGGGCCAGCCCAACAAUUCAGACAUCCCGCUCAACACUACGUCUUCCAUUCGACCAUUCUCUGCCUGCACCAGUAAUCCACGCCAUCGCAUCUUCAUCCGCAGAGAUGGUCUCAUGUCUCAUGCUCACGCCAGCAGAGGUUCUGAAACAAAACGCUCAGAUGGUCAAUACUUCUACUUCACCCGCAUCCUCUAAUACUACCUCGAAACAUCAAAACACAAACGCUAUGCGCGAAGUUCUUUCAAAAUUCAAAUCUCAACCAUGGCGUCUAUGGAGUGGCUAUACCGCUCUUGUUGGUCGCAAUCUCCCAUUUACAGGACUGCAAUUCCCGAUGUUUGAGUUUGUGCGUUCGCGUGUUAUUGACUGGAGAAGAAGACGGAAGACACAGAAACACAUCCUGUCAGGGGAAACAAGGAAGACACCCUCCUCAGUGCAACGAGAUGAGUUGGUUGAACGGACUUUGUUGACUGGUCUUUCGGCAGCUGUAUCGGGGACCGUCUCUUCUUUUGUUACGACGCCCAUUGAUGUCGUGAAGACGCGAGUCAUGCUUUCUGCUACUGAUAUCCCUCAUCAGCCUGAGCAUGGGUCCAAAUCUGAUUAUAGAACCGCAGAAGAGCGGCCCACAGGGAAGAAGAUGGAAAGGCCGCCUACGAAAGGCACCUGGGAUAUUGGGAAAGAGAUAUUUCGGAAUGAGGGGCUGAGAGGAUUGUUCAAAGGGGGUGCUAUUCGGUCUGGCUGGACAGCUAUCUCUUUGAGUUUAUAUCUUAGUCUAUACGAAGGCGGGCGGAUGUUCUUAGAGAACCGACGGAAGGAGAUGGAGGGCAUAAGUCCUGGUACUUGA